AGAAUGACGCUCACGCUCUACGAUCCAAAUGCCCUCCUCGGCGAUCCGAAGCGAGGAUUAAAACUCGGAUCGGCGUUAUAGACGCCCUUUACCUUUUGUCACACAAACACCUCCUCCGAGAUCUCGGAUCCACGACGACGACGACACCCUCCGAUUCCUCCCCCUCCACCUUUGAUACGAACCCGCGCCGUCGCCAAAAUCUCGCGCGAUAAUCCCCCUCGCGAUUCGCUCAGCACCACACCGGUGACCGUGCACAGGCUAGCAGCAGCCCGACUGCACCGGUCGUGACCGUCGCACCCCGAUUUGGUGCCGGCUGCAUCAUCGUCAACUUUCGAGGCCGACGGAGAUCAUCAACGAACGUCUCGGAUCGCUGACUCGGGGGCUGUGCGUCAUCUCCUUCUUUCUCUCUCGCAUCGUCGGGAAGCCGCACCGAUUCAGGUGACAUCUAGAGGAUCUUCUCGUGGACUUCAGUCAAAUCGUGGAUUUGUGUGUUUUGAUGCAUAGUUGGGUGCUACGAUUCGGACGUCGGUGCUUUGGGUGAUGAGGCAUGGGACGCAGUGUGAGGACGUGUUAGAUUGAUUCUCACAGUUGUGGACUCUGGAUAUGGCACACACCCGUUUCGGCAACUGUGGUGGCAGAGAGGGCCUAGUGGCGCCGGCGAGCCUGAUGGCUCAGAUUGUUUUCAACGGCUUAACGAGCAGCUGAAUGGACUAGCGGGGCUGAUGGGGUUACUGGAGUGAAUAGUACAACAGCAGGUGGCUGCUGGGACCAGCCAGGCCCCACCUUCUGUCCAGAUUUUGGAGGGAGUACUAUCCCUCCUGAUAACGUUGCGCUACUUGCCGUGGCUGAAGUUGCUGUUGCAAUUAUUGCUGGAGCACCUCCAGUAGUCGCCGUCGAGGCCAAUCCAAUGGCCGCAACCACUGGGUUGGCUCCUCCAUCAAUUGGAUCUGCUAUUCUUGUCGCUGAAGAGGAUGCCCUUGUGGCAGAGAGGGCCCGAGCUAGGGCCAAUCUGUUGAUGGAGUUUAGAAAGUUCUCUCCGCCUACUUACGGCGGAGAGAUAGCCGACCCAUGGUUGGUCGUGAACUGGGUUGAUACCAUGGAAGAGUUGUUCGAGGAUCUCUUCAUUGAGGAACGGGAGAAGGUUCCGCUAGCCAUGCGUUGUCUGGAGGGCUCGGCCUACACCUGGCUGAAUGGCUUACGGAAGACGCACGCCACCAACAAUCCUUUUCCCUCUUGGUCGGCUUUUAAGAAGAAAUUCUUCGAGGCCUUUUUCCCUGACAGCACUAAGCACCAGUUGGAGAUCGAUCUAUACAAGCUCCGACAAGGAAGUCGAACUGUAUUGGAGUACGAGCGGGAGUUCUCCCGCCUCGUCCACUGUAUCCCCUACGUCAUUCAGAGCGAUCGUCACAAGGCCGAGAUGUUCGCGGCGGGCAUUCGACCAGACAUCUACCAACUAGUCCAUGUGUUAAAUCUUCCGACGUAUCAAGAGGUAGUGGAUCGCGCCCUCCAUGUUGAGUAUGGGCAAACUGUAACCUGCACUAAGAGGGAAGCGAUGGACAAGGAAAAGAAGAAACGACCUUAUUCUAGAUCUGGAGAAGGAUCGUCGUGCUCCAAGAAGCCAUCCAAGCACCCCCAAUGCUAUUUUGGGGCCGAGAGCGCAUUGAUAUGCAGCCAACAACAAAGAGCACAGUCUUGUGUUAUUUGCGGCGGGUCACACAGAGUGACUUCAUGUCCCGAGGGUGCCGGCAAAUGCUACCAGUGCGGGCAAUCGGGACACGUUAAGGCCAACUGCACCGAUAGAUCGAACGUGACCCAGUUUGUUGUUUCUGCUCCUUACACUCCACAAUAGAACCCGAGAAGCACGCUUGUUGCGGCUUGUCAUCACCUUCUCUGUCAUCACCUUUUCUUCGCAUGUUGGGAGCUGCAUGUCAUCACCUUCUCUGUUGCAAUGUCAGAUCGGCUUUCCUACUUACCCAUGUAGCUAUUUGUUAUCGCUUGAAAGCUGCUCCAGUAACUAUCCCUACUUACCUAUGUAGUUAUUCAUUAUCGCUCGUAUUAUGUCGUUGAAUGAUUGUUUAGUGUUGUUUCAUUGCCGAAA